AUACCAUCUGUCAUGAUGACCGGGAAGGACGAGUUCGUCUCUUACUCGCCCCUUCCCUCAAACCCUAACCCUAACCCUAACAGUUAUUCCCAAUACCCUAACCCUUAUCCCCAAAACGUCGUCGUUCUCCUUCCUUCCUACUACUCUCGUUUCGACCGCCGUCGCCGUCGCUGCAUCCUCUACUCCGCCGGCUUUUUUCUCUUCCUCCUCCUCGCCGCCGCCGUCUUCAUCCUCUACCCCUCCGACCCGGAGAUCCGCCUCGCCCGGAUCCGACUCAACCACAUCGGUAUUCGAACUUCCCCAAAGCCGAUUCUCGACCUCUCCUUCUCCAUCACCGUUAAGGUUCGCAACAGAGACUUCUUCUCCCUCUCCUACCACUCUCUCGCCGUCUCCGUCGGCUACCGUGGCCGCCAGCUAGGGUUUGUCACCUCCUCCGCCGGUGGCCGCAUCAGGGCGCGUGGCUCUUCGUACGUGGACGCCACGCUCACUGUCGAUGGGUUCGAGGUCAUCUACGAUGCUUUCUACUUGCUCGAAGACAUUGCCAGGGGCGUGAUUCCGUUCGAUACUGAUACGCGAGUUGAGGGGAAAUUGGGACUUUUCUUCUUCUCAAUUCCUUUAAAGGCAACAGUGUCGUGCGAAGUGUAUGUGAAUCUAAACAAGCAGACAAUUGUACGUCAAGAUUGCUAUCCUGAGUCACUGGGUGAUCCGCUGGAUCAGAACACAUAUAUUGGAGUUGGAGAUACAUGAUGCGCGAGUGAAGGGGCACUGACAUGUAGAAUGUUCGUAGGCGGGGGGG